AUGCGAGAUUAUGAAAAGCUUUUAAAACGCUGCGGCUUGGGUACGCACUCCUAUUACUCUUCACAGAAAGGACCUGAGGGACUGGCAAGUAUUCAGGAUGUUGGAGCAGAUUUUGUGUUAACAAUUCAUCCUGAGCGUUUCCAGGAACCGACCCACGUAGCCUCCGUGUACUUGACCGAGCAUAUUCUGAAGUCAAGCUACCUUUUCGAUGUAUUCGGUGGAGAUGCACAGUUUGUUGAAGAGGUGAAAGAGCAUCACUGCUACACGUCCGAGAAGGAUUCCACAUGCGCCUUGCCUCGACCUGUUCAUACGAUCUUAAAACCUGCUAUCUUUGUUCCCAAACGUAUUGAAAAUGGCCCAAAUGCCUUAUGGUCUAAACAGCUCCUGGAUAUGCUUGGAAAGGCACAUGGACACGGACAAGAUCUCAUACAUUUGAAUGCAUCUACUGUUCUCCUCAAGGAGCACAAGGGAGAAUUAGAAAACCUGAUUGGAACUGGCUUCCGUUCAAUCAUGACAACUGAUGGUAUGUUUAGACAUUUGCCGACGAAUGGGUUGCAACAUUCAAAUAUGUACUCUCUCAAGAACAGAAUUGACAAGAGUCCGAAAGAACGGGAAGUGAAUGGAGCGUGUGCAAUCACAAUUGGAAUAGCAAGCUCUCAUGAUCGAGACGGCGGGAUUCAAGGUGUAGACGACUUACGAGAGAAAAUCGAAGCAGUGAGCAAACUCGCUAUCCCCGGCUCGGCAAUAGAAGCGAAGACAAUAAUCUUCUCUUCCGUAGGCAGUCUCCAGGAUCACAUCAAAGAAAUGCAGCAACUUGACAUUUUCGUUGGAGGCAGCGGAGAUGAGAUGAGUAGUAUGGGUUUUUUGCGUUCCAAGAGUGUUGCAAUCGAACUAAUGCCAUUCGGGAUUAAACCAAAUACUCAUGAAAGCAUGGCUCGUGUGCUGGGAAUUGGAUACAACAACAUUAGAGGUAAGCCGCAAGACUCCUUUAAGAACUGCCUUGAGGGUGAAAUUUUUAACUUGCGCAAAAAAGGAACGCUGUCCUACACAGAGCUGCCAGACUGGGAGGAACCAACGGUCAAGGCAUGGGAUGCGGCCGUAGGUGAAUUCGUUUUAUCUGGGUCCUCAGCCUUCGAUGUUCUCACGGCUCAACGUCCUGUCAAUAAUUAUUACGCCAGAGUUUGUGCACAGAAACAAAAUAUUGAAGUCGCAAUCGAUGACACUGCCAGGAAAAUUGCCGCCAUGGCCAAGGAGAAAUGUACCGGGAGAUGA